AUGUCACCUCAAUUCGCUGGCGCUGGAAAAAGUGAAAUGGUCGAGUUCGAGUUUGCGCAAACUCGACCGUCACCUCACCUACUGUCAAAUACGUCAGUCUAUAAGCGCGUCUGUGAUUGGUCGAAUGAAUAUCGAAUGGAUUUUUCGAGGCAUUCUAUUGGUCGCAUUCGGAGCCAAUCGGACUGCUUGAUUUCGACCCGGUCGAGCACGAGCACGCUGGUGAAAUGCCCAUUUAAUAACAAACAUAUAAUGCCAAAAGGGUCCCUGCAGAGGCACAUAAUCAAAUGUAUGACGAACUAUCCACACUUCGUGACCUGUCCUCACAACGCCCUUCAUCGUUUUCCCGAUAAGGAGGCUCUGGCCAAACACGUGGCAAUCUGCGAUUCUCAAUCAAAAUCUUUUCUGUUUCACGAGAUCGAAGGUUCAAUUACGACCGAUGUGCAUAUCGAGAAUAUCGAAGAGUUUAAUUUGGAGUUUGAAAAUUGGGAUAAAUAA